ACCCAUCCCUCGCGAUCCUUUUAGUGCAAAACACAAACAAAAAAGACAAAAAGGAUAACGCAAGCAAGAACCAAGCUCUAGACGGGAAAAUUUUCCGUGGCGUGAUUUUAAUUUUUUCCUCCUAACAAAUGUGUUUAAAGGUUGUUAUACUGAUUUGUUUUGCUUUGUCAUGAAAUUCACGUAGAUUCGGUAUCGUGUUGAAUAAAUGUCGCUCUGGCAGCAGCAGAAGCUAGCCGCUGCUAGUCCGGAAAUGGGUGGAUCAAGUGUAAUGGAAAAAUUGCUCGAAGCCCAACAGCAGCAACUGGAUGACAUAACGAGUGAAUCGUCAUUCUUGGAGUUUCUCCGAAACGAGCAAAGCUGCUUGGCAGCGGUAAUAUCUGGAAGUUGCGGUAGCGCCAGGGUUGCCGUUAAGGAAAACGGUUCCCGGGAAGAUGUAGAUGUGGAUAGAAUAUUUGAGCAGGUGAGCCAGCUGGCUGGGACGGGGGAAGACAGCAGAAGUGUCGAUGAGAUCCUGCAGGAGGCGGAACAGUUGAUAAGAAAGCAGCCGGUUUUCGGGGAAGUGAGUAGUCGGAAUGAUGAUAGCUCGCCUGGGGAUGGGUUGUUACCGACGGAACAGACGACUAGUGCUUUGAGAGAUAUUUCAUGUGAAUCGACGCCAACGGAGAUGAGAGGUGGAGUACUGGAAGAACUGGAAGUGCUUGCGAUGAGAGAAGACGGAUUUCAAGAGGUUGACAAGAUAAAUAUUCAAGACGAGGACACCGAUCCAUCGGCAAUAGAUUUAUCCCGCCGUCGAAGUUUCGUCAUCUGUACGACCGAACAACAGGACGACCAAACCUAUCGACGACCCCACUCAGAUCUAACAUACACUGUACCCCUGCCGGUGUCAGUACCAGUGCCAACCGAAAUGCGCACCAAGAAAAAUAGCGCCACUACGUCCACCGGGAAAAUUUCUCCUGCUACAAGCGGAAAAGUGUCCACGCCAAAGAAACGAACCAACAUCGGUAAAUCAACGCUGACAGCGCCUCGCAAAUCCGCCGAAGAUAACAAGGAAAAUCAACUGUUGAGCCACGAUGAUCGAAUCAAAGAUCUGGAAGAAAUCUACAAUUUGACAUUGAAUGACACACGAAGAGAGCGCAACAGUUCAUCGCCGGUAGCGGCGAUCACUAGACAGAAGACCUUCUGCGACAAAUCAACGGCCCCCUCGCCAACUCACUCUGCAACCCCGAUUAUCGACGACUCAUAUAGUUGGACAAAGGAACGUGAACUGGAGAGCAGUAUCAGCGAACUUCAGGAAAAAUUGAAGGACACUAAAGAGCGGUACGAGAGUUUGAAGAUUCAGUACGACACGUUGUCGCAAGUGCACCGAGCGCUGCGGGAGAAUCAUGGAACGGUACAGGAGGAAAAUGAUAAGUUAAAGCUGGAAGUUCAACACCUGACGGAAUGUGCCAAUGUCUUAAGAUCUGAACUACAAUCCGCGCGAAGUGAUCGAGAUGCUGCCCUCGAGCUGCAAAAGAUACUUCAGUCGGAGCUAGAGGAAUCUCGGCGGGAGAAGAAACGGUACCAGGAACUUAACGAGAAGGAUGCCAAAACAAUCCAGGAUUUACAGCGCCAGUGUCGCGAGAUGGAACGGAUUCUGAUGCGAAAGCAUCCAGAUUCGGUAUCAGCACUGAUCGUGGCCAGUAAGCAAACUGCCAACAGCAAACCGGGCGAAGAUGCUUCCCAGACGCGUCGUCUGUUGGAGCAGCGCAUUGCGCAGCUGGAAUCGGAUGCCAAGGAGCAGGAUGCUAAGGCACAAGGUAUUCUAGCAAACGUUCAAGCUCGCUUCAAUUCCGUACAGGCUAAAUACGAAACGCACAUUGCCGAUCUGGAGAUGCAGGUGCUCAGUCUGCAGGAGAUUAAUUCCAAGCUGAAUGAAAAAAUCAUCCGGCAGAUUGAUGAACUCUCCAGUAUUACGAGUCACUCGGCUUCUUCGCUGCCCAGGGUAGCGGCGCAAACCAGCAGCAACUUUACGCAAACCGAAGAUUUCCCCGAAAAGGAGUGUAUUAAAACACGAUCCAUUUCAGUUCAAACGGAUAGCAAAUUAACGGGUGCCGUGGUCGCUGGUGGACGCACCCAGGCGGCAUCCACGACGAAACGCGCUGCUUCUGCCAGUGCGGGUGCAAAAAUUCCCAACUCCCUGUCGGACUCACACAUUCAGAACCGAGAGGAUGCUCAUCUACUUGCCACGAUUCGAGGAAUGCGAGUGGAUUUGGCCAUCAAGGAAAAGGCCGUUCAACGGCUUACUCGCGAGUUGGAAGAUUGUAAGAAAACUAUCAAGAAGCUGCAGAAGGAGCGUGAUGCUUAUCUGAGACCGGAUGGAAAACCUACGAGUAGCACGAAGGGUAAAAUCUACGAUCCUUCGCAAUUUUCUGAUGGAAGUGCGUGCGAAAAUGGCGCACUAAAGGAUGCACAUCUUAAGAUUAAGCUGCUGGAGGCAGACUACAAAACGUUGCACGAUAAGAGGUUGCAGGAUCUUAAAACGCUUCAAGCAGCUCACGAGCGAGAGUUGGCCGCCUGUCAUGAAACGGUUCGAAUCUUACAGCAACGUUUGACCGAACGGGAAGAGCAUGCACAUACCAAGGAGAAGCGUCGACCGAACCACAACAUCGACUACUAUGCACUGAAAGCGAAGGUGACCUCGCUGGAACGCCGCCACACGGAGCGCGAACAGCGCCUCCACAUGCUAGUGGAAGCUCUCAGCAAGGGAGGAAGAUUGAAUGGUGUACACAUUCGUUCAUUGACCGCUGGCGGUGCUGCUGCUGCUGCUGCUAGUACCGUGACAACCGCCACCACAAUCGGUGACGAAGAAAACCACAACCCAACUAUUGGCAACAACCGUAAGAGCAACGUUGUAAACGCCCAUCAACACAAUAAUGCGACCACCGUUGGAGGGAAUCUUUUUCAGAAUGCAAACCAGAUUUUCAAACUACUGUCUACCGUUUUGCCGAGAAGAAGAUACUCGCAAGCAGCAGUAAACAAGUUAUCUAAUAACAUUCAAUAAAUGAGUUCAAUUAA